GGGCUGCAGUGAUGUUGCACUGGAAUGAGGAAGUGGAGUGGAGAGGGGAGGGACCGAGAGCGGAGCUGCCUCCUGCCGCCGCAGCUCUGCUGCGAGGUGGAGCAGCAGCACAUGGAGCUGGAGAGGACUGGGAGAGCUGUCUUCUGCCAGCCCCGGCCAAAGCAGAUAACCUGAGGAAAAUGGAAACCGAUGAGGCUCAGGACAUGUCCCAAGUUUCAGGAAAGGAAAGUCCUUCAGUAAGUGAUGUACCCGAUGAUUCAGAUGAACCUAUGCCUGUACCAGAAGAUCUUUCUACCACUUCAGGAGGACAGCAGAAUUCUAAGAAUGAAAGAGUUUUGGUUACAUAUGGGGCUGAAGGCUUUAGGGAUUUUCACGCAUUAAUUCCAAAAUCUUAUUCUCCCAGUAAUGUUAAAGUAGAAACUCAGAGUGAUGAAGAGAAUGGGCGUGCCUGUGAAAUGAAUGGGGAAGAAUGUGCGGAGGAUUUACGAAUGCUUGAUGCCUCCGGAGAGAAAAUGAAUGGUUCACACAAUGGCCAAGGCAGCAAAGCUUUGUCAGGAGUUGGAGGCAUUCGACUUCCUAACGGAAAGCUAAAAUGUGAUAUCUGUGGGAUCAUUUGCAUCGGUCCCAAUGUGCUCAUGGUUCACAAAAGAAGCCACACUGGAGAACGCCCUUUCCAGUGUAAUCAGUGCGGUGCCUCUUUUACUCAGAAAGGCAACCUCCUCCGUCAUAUCAAGUUGCAUUCUGGGGAGAAGCCCUUCAAAUGUCAUCUCUGUAACUACGCAUGCCGCAGGAGGGAUGCCCUCACAGGUCACCUGAGGACUCAUUCGGUUGGUAAACCUCACAAAUGUGGAUAUUGUGGCCGAAGCUAUAAACAGCGAAGCUCUUUAGAGGAGCAUAAAGAGCGUUGCCACAACUACUUACAAAGCAUGGGCCUCCCAGACACUCUGUACCCAGUCAUUAAAGAAGAAACCAACCAUAGUGAAAUGGCCGAAGAUUUGUGCAAGAUCGGAUCUGAGAGAUCCCUCGUGCUGGAUAGACUAGCAAGUAACGUCGCCAAACGUAAGAGCUCUAUGCCUCAGAAAUUUGUGGGUGAGAAAUGCUUGUCAGAUCUCCCAUAUGAUGCCAGUACCAAUUAUGAGAAGGAGAAUGAAAUGAUGCAGACCCAUGUCAUGGAUCAGGCCAUCAACAAUGCCAUUAGCUACCUAGGGGCUGAAUCAUUGCGCCCAUUGGUGCAGACACCCCCAGGCUCCGAGGUUGUACCCGUCAUCAGCUCCAUGUACCAGCUCCACAAGCCUCAUGCCGAUGGCCACCCACGCCCUAAUCACACAGCCCAGGACAGCGCCGUGGAAAAUCUAUUGCUGCUCUCUAAGGCUAAAUCCAUCUCCUCUGAAAGAGAUGCCUCCCCAAGCAACAGCUGUCAAGACUCCACAGACACAGAGAGUAAUAACGAGGAACGGAGUGGCCUCAUUUACCUGACAAACCACAUAAACCAACAUGCCAGAAAUGGUUUGUCCAUAAAAGAAGAGCAUAGGCCCUAUGAUGUCCUGAGGGCAGCAACUGACAAUUCCCAAGACGCUUUCAAAGUGAUCAGCAACAAUGGGGAGCCAUUGAAGGUGUAUAAAUGUGAACACUGCAGGGUCCUCUUUUUGGACCAUGUGAUGUAUACUAUCCACAUGGGUUGCCAUGGCUUCCGUGAUCCUUUUGAAUGCAACAUGUGUGGCUAUCACAGUCAGGACAGGUAUGAAUUCUCUUCCCACAUAACACGAGGGGAGCACCGUUUCCACAUGAGUUAAAACUCCCUUCUCUGCUAAUGUAACCUUGAGUGCUCUAUGCUUAGAGUUGCAUGAACAGCCACACAUACAAAAAACAAAAAAAAAGCAAACAAAAAAAAGGCAUCAGGAGAAAAAGGAAUCAGAUGCCUGUUUUCUUCCUUCCUACAGCAUGUAAUGGAUGGUUGUACAAUUGCAACUCAAUUUUUUCUUUCUUUUUUUAAGAGAGCAAUGAAGUUUUUAUUGUUAGUUGCAGAGUUGGAUUUUAGAGCAUAAAAAUUAUUAGUUAAUGUAACUAGGAGCUUUGUAGACUGCUAGAUCAGACUCCCCUUCUUCAUCUUUUGCUCCUUGAAAGCAUCCCUUCCCCCAAAAGCUAAUUUCAUAGAGAACUCAUACAAAAACAGACCCAGGGUUGGAAAAGAAAAGAUUCCACCUCUACUUGCAACCCAUCGCUAAGACUCAGAUUCUCACAUCAGGUGGGUUCUGUGACUUCCCAUGAAUAGUCUAUACACGAGAAGAGAUUUGGCUAUCUUAAAGAAAAUAGGGGUAAAAUGAUGUUGAAAAGAUUAGGACAGAAUCAAAGGUACCCUUUCUGAGUCGUCUGGGUUAGAAGGAUUGUGAAGCCCCAGAACUCUUGUUUCCAAGGACCGAUAUGUUUCCUUCUUGCUCUGUGUGCGAGUAUGUUUGCGUGUGUGUUUUAAGGGAAAUGUUAUUUGGAAUUAUUAUCUGUAUAGGAAAAUAUCCAGUUUGUUUAAAAAAGGCAAUUCCAGGAGAAAAACCUAAGCCGACAAUGAAGAAAGGCUCAGUUAGGAGAAUCUUUCCUUUAUGAUCUAUUUGGUUUUGAAGACCUUUUCACAAUGCCUGGAAGACCUUCAAGGAUGUUGCUAAAACUGAUCCCAGUCACAUGGGGCCAAAUAUUCCUGGUGCACAGACACAUUUAGACAUUCUUCUCCAUUUGUUCACAUGGAAUUUCUUUACAAGCACUAGAAAUUUUAAUUUAAGCUACUGGUUCAGAUACAUGGCCCCCAGUCAUUUUUGUAAAUCUCCCCCCCCACACACACACACAGAAAUUCAAGUCCCUUUGAAAUAUUUUACUCUACCUGACAUUGCAUUGGUAUUUUUGUUGAUGAGGAUUGCCCUUUACCAUUGCAAAUGGACACCUUCUCUACAACUUAUAGUCUCCUGGGGCACUUAGAAAUUUAGGUACUUUUUCAGGAUUAUACGGACAGUGUGUCAGAGAUAAGACUCAAAACUGUAUCUUCCUGGUUGUAGGGCCGUUCUCUAUCCAUUAUACCACAUUGCCUCUCUAAAUAUUUACCUUCUGGAAGACCAGAAUUUAUUGCCAAACUUCUUUAAUUGACCUCUCCAAACGUAAAUAUCUCUUCCUUUAAAAUCUAAUCUAGUUCCUUAAUAAACACACAUGCAUAUGAACCCUCUUACCCUGUCCCUCUUUCUGUCUUAAAUCCUUGUGAGUGGAAAAUCCAUUCCACCAGAAUAUGGUCCUACAAGUUUGUCCAUGAGUAAAUGUGAUUUAUUAUUCUUUUGCACCAUUUCAGACAUCAGAAGAUACUAGGAAAUAACAAUGUUAUUGUUAUGUUAACUAUGUUAUGUGGCUGAAAUGGGAAUAUAUGUUCUUCAUAUCACAUAAGGGGCAUACAAGAUAGGUGUUAACAAACAUGGCAGAUUAUCACUACGGUCUAAUGAGUACAUCCCAGAAGCCAUAGAAGCGAGAUGGUUUGUGAAAUAUUUAUUUUGUAUAGGCAAUAAGUAAAGGCUUUCUGCAUAGCAGUCAGGUGUAUACCCUAUUUCCAUGUGAAUUUGUAUCAUUGUUUUAGUAAAAAUGUUUUAUUUUUAAGUACGCAUCUGGAGAAACAAACUACUACUACUGAGGCAAAGAAGGGCAAAAGUGUUAAAAUAUUUACAUCUUUGCUCCACAUUAAUAGAGUUCUUGGUUAUUUCCAAAGUAUUUGCGGGGAGGGGGGGAAUGAUGAGAAAGAAUCACCACUAUUCUUUUCUCUAAGGUUUUGAAGGUUUUGAAUUCCCCCACUCCACCUCAAUAUUGAGCCUUUGUCAGAUACCAACCAUAAUCCAUGUUCUCAGAGUAUGGUAUGAUUGACCUGAUCUGGGAUGUGCUGGGCUUGUAGUGAUUCUUUAAAUAUAGCAUUUCUUCACCAUUCCUAUAACUGUUCCUAUUCAUGGGUCUUUACUGAUAUACCCAUGAAAUAGUAUGGGCACAGGUGUGUCUUUGCCCCACCCCUGAUUUUCAUAUUUUCCAGGACAGGAUUAAUAUUUAAAAACUAGAAAUAAAUAAAAUGGAAAUUUGACAUAUACUGCAGAGGAUAGUUCAAAGCAGAGGAAAGAAGAGGCCAAACCUGUCCUAUCUUCUAAUUUCACCGCUUCUGCCCUUUUUUAUCCAUUUGACAAAUGGAAGAUCGUUAGAAUUCCAUAUAGAACUUUAAAAAAAAAGGAUAGACCUUAUUGAAAAUAAAUGCUUACAGAGUGGUACCCUGCUGAGAGCACAACACGGGCAAUGUACUUUCAUACUCUUUCAUCCAUCCCAUAAAAAGAGUGAAGUCUGGUUUAUGCAGUUUGUUUUAACCAAUGACAUUCCAAACAACUGUACCCAGUACUGUAUAUAGUUGCUCCUGAAGGAGUGUUUUUCUGAAACUCUUAUCUUGCUUCCCUCUUGCCUUUUAUAGCCAGUAUAAACUUAUAUUUACACAUCCUUUCGCUGUGAUUUUAUAUUGUAACACCAUUCUUUCCCUUUCAACUAUUGUAGAUUUCAUAAAAUGUCAACGUGUAAUUAAAUUAUGUUUGAUAUGUGGCCACAUUUUGUAUCAGAAAUUUUCUUCUCAUUGGUAAAAGUAGAAUUUUGCAUGGUUUUACAUUUUUCCACUCUGUGCCUCAUUUUGUUUUAUGUGAUGAUAUGCCUGUGUGGUGUUUGGGGUACACCCAUGUGAGAGAAAUGUAGCUGGCUGUGUUCCCAUUUGGGAGUGGGGAGGUUCCACAUACUCUCACAUUGCACUUAAAAUACAUAUAGGCAUUAAGAGGAUUAAGAAUAACUUGUUGACCUGUCUUUCACAAAUCAAAAUUGCCAUUUCACAAACCCACCGCCUCCUUUAACUUCCGCCCUUAAAAACCAAGACCUUUGUUUAUCUCUUGUAUUGUACUUUCCUCUUUUUUUCAUUGACAAAGAUAGCAUUUAAAAGAGCAGAUCUGUCAUACUCUUUUAGGAGGAGUUAAGAUGAUCAGAAACACAACCCAUUAUCACUUAUUUUCGUUACCAUUUACUAUCGCUGGAUUCCUGUCCAGACCCUUUCUGGUACCCAGGGCACACUGCAAAUAAAUGCCAGUUUUCUGUAAGGUAAAAGUCAGAACAAUUGCAAAGUGGAAUCUGAAACUAUACUACUUGGCACAAAGUUGUUUUAUUUGGUUGGAGUGUUUUGUAACUUUUCUGAUUUGGGUUGGUUUGGUUUCCAAGUUUAGGUUACAACUGUCAUUCUAUAAAAUAUAAAGUAAAUGAUGAAACAGACUUAUCAACAAAUGAAGAGGCAACGUGGCUUACAGUUCUUCAUCCAUCAAUUUCAGCAAUAAAAAAGGGUCAACAGUU